AAUAUAUUUUUUUCAAAAAAGUGUAUUGCCAAUGAACCAAACGUCGCUCUCUGCUGCUGGAAAUGAUAAUGGCCGCAGCGUUUCUACAAUGAAGAAGAUUCAAGCGUAGAUACCUACAUUUAUUUUUACAAUGUCCAAUGACUAAUAUUUAUAUCAAUGUUCAUGUGCAUGAAUAACUCAGUACUGAGAUAACAAAUAUAAAUGGACAGGUUCACAGCUUCGUUAACUUAAAUAUCACAAAUAUCUGUGAGGAAAAUGUAUGCAUUUAACACUUUAUCUGUAGCCGCAACAUCUGCCUAAAUGGCCAAGUGACGUUUUUACCCUACACCAUAAUCUGGCAAUGUAAAAAGUUAUUUCAAUGCUUUCCAAAAGUAUUAAUGCCCGAUAUUUGUUGUAACAAAAUGGUACCUCGAUAAACAUGACUUAUGAAGGGAUUUUGGUUUCUUAUAUGUUUUUCUGGAACAUAGACGACUUUCCUUAUGGAUGGACUCUUGUUUGUAAAGUGUCAGUAUACAUUGUUGAUUAAUUGUAGGGCAAAAUCUAUCCAUCGACUAUCUUGUAUUCUCUACUCUUUAUUGACUACAUAUUUUAGUUUGCUUUUUGUCUUGAUCAUCAGUAUGAGUUUUUAAGUUUACAGACUACUACAUUCAUAUUUAUACAUACAUACAUAUAUGUAUGCAUUUGCGAAUUUGCAGAAAUCCAAUUAUCUAGUGCAAUUUGGUGACUUUGGUGACUUACCACGAAAACAGUCUUUAAUUGUCUUCAUAACAAAAUGGUCUCAUUAUAUGCAAAUUUUGUAUUCUGCUCUAUUUGUUGUGUUAGCAAUGCGUGGUUGUUGGCUCAGAGUGGCCUAAAUGAAUCGUAUCGUAUUCUGCAUUUGUCGACCCACUUUGAUCGCGUUUUUUUGAGUAUAGAGGUAAAGAAUAACAAUUUUCCAACGCUUGUUGAAACGCAAUGGCCCGACAAAUUUUUGCCCUCUUUAAAACCCAUUCUGUUCCCACAUUUGGAAGCUCAUGCCACUGCCGUUCGAUCUGACUGUGGUCGUAUACAACAGGCGGUGUGGUCACAGGUGGAUUCGCUAUCCCGACUCUGGGUAAUGGAUAUUGGUGGGCGGGGUAACAAUGGCACUAAUAAGUACAGAUGUAAUCCAAAGCUAUUGGUGUUCGAUUUAAUUCGCAACAAUAUUGAGGUUUUGCGGAUUGACUGUGGCAAAUAUUUGAGAACGGAUGUUGAUGGCUUCGAGUUACUAGACAUUGGACUUGGUCCUCGAAUAUCACCCUGUGAAAAUGAAAAAUUUAUUUACUUCAUUGUUUCUAAUGAUUCUCAUAUACUAACUUACGACAUCCUAGAGCAAAAAUGGCACAAUGUUUUGCUAUCGAGCAAGAAAUAUUCUAUUAUAAAUGAUUUUUUACCUAUCAAACCUAGGGAUUUAACAUUCGGCAGUCAGACCGAAAUGUUGCUAUCGGACGAGGAUGGCAAGUUGUAUACGGGACCGAAUGUAUUUCACAAUUCCUCUCUAUCAAAUUCCGACACAGUAGAAAUGGUUUCAAUGGGCUCCUUAUUGGGUCCUACUCGCGGCCUUAUGAUGGAUUCCUAUGGGGUGUUGUUUUACGUGGUCCCGAAAUUCGGAGCUGUUGUUAGAUGUAAAUACACACAGAACAUCACCGCGGAAAACGGCGAAAUUAUUUACAUGACGUCCAAAAAUAUUCAGCAGAUUUUCUUCGGUAGCGACGACUCUGUUUGGCUUUUGUCUGACAGAUGGCUGCGACCCACGGAUCAGUGCAUAUCCGGCUAUUGAAUAAGACUAGCAUAAGUUUCUUCAUAUCAUAUCCAUUUAUUAAUCAUAUGUCGUAUUUCAUUCAAAUACAAUCCAUGCUAGUUAAGAAAACAUAAAUAAAUAUAAGUAUAUUAACAAAAAAUUAUUGAAUAUCCUGAUGCGAAAUUCAAAAUAUUAACUAUUUAAGAAACUGCAGUUUUAAGAUAAAAAUUAAGUCCUACUGUCUACUCAAAGUACACAACGUUCUUCAAGUUCUCCAUACUGUGUCUCCUUUACUUUUUUCGCAUAUGCAAUAAUACAAUUAAAAUAAAAUUCGUUUUCAUGGCGAAUUAUGUUGUAGAAAAGUACGAAACUAUAAUAAAAAUUAUGAAAACUAA